CCGCAGGCUUCUCUAUCUGAGAUGUGCGAAGAAAUGCAGACAGGACCAGUCAGCGCUGUGUGCUGCGUGCUGCCUCCUGGCCAGCCUGUGUGACACGGUCGGGGCGAUUCUGGCCAGACAGCUCACGAUCCAGGUUUCACUGGUGCCUACCUAGCAGCUGUUGACCUGAUGAACUUUGUGUUCAUUCUCUUCCCAGUCUGCGGCUCCAAGUUCAAGUCUAAUUCGGGUCAUGGCUCCCAGGAGAGGAAGGGGAGGCGGCGGCUCAGGGCCAGUGUAUUUGCCUUGACUCUGCCCCUGAGCCUGGGCCCCUGCUGGGCUCUCUGGGCUGCUGUCCCGAAGGCUUCAGGCCUUGUCCAAGGGCCACAGCGGAGGCUGCUGGGAAGCCGGCUGCAGGACAACACUGAAAUGUUUGGCUACCUGCUGGGUGGCAUCGCCGCCUGCGGCUCCUGGGCUUCCCGGAUCCCCCCACUCUCCAGAAUCUGCCGGGGUAAGACGUUUCCCUGCAUCCACCUGUGGAGCCGGCUCCUGUCGGCCCUGGCUGGCCUCCUCUACGCCUCAGCCAUUGUGGCCCAUGACCGGAGGCCCGAGUACCUGCUGCGGGCCACACCCUGGUUCCUGACCUCCCUGAGCCGCGCUGCGCUGGACCUCGCUAUCAUUUUCCUUUCCUGGGUGAUGAAAAGCAAGAUGAGGCGGGUCUUGGGGUUUGCCUCUGAAGCCAGAGAGAGCCCCGACACCCAAGCGCUUCUGACCUGCGCAGAGAAAGAGGAAGACAACGAGGAGGCGAGGAAUCAGGGGCUGGAAAACCGCUGGUCCCACCAGUGUUUGCAUGUGGAGGGGACCGAGAAUUCAGAUUGGGUGCCUCUCACUACACUACCGCACUGCAAGCCACUCAGGACGAUGACAGCCAUCAGUCACUACAUGGAGCUGACCAUCGAGCCCGUGCAACAGGUGAGUGGCCAUGGGCCACGGCCAGGGGUCCAGAGGGUGGGAAGUAGUCAUGGAAGGCUUCCUGCAGGAGGCAACACU